GACACGGUCACGUCCGAACUGGCCGCCGUGAAGAUAGUCAAGCUAGACCCAGGGGACGACAUCAGCUCUCUCCAGCAGGAAAUCACCAUUCUGCGUGAGUGCCGCCAUCCCAAUGUGGUGGCCUACAUUGGCAGCUACCUCAGGAAUGACCGCUUGUGGAUCUGCAUGGAGUUCUGUGGAGGGGGGUCCCUGCAGGAAAUUUACCACGCCACAGGACCCCUGGAGGAACGGCAGAUUGCCUAUGUCUGCCGAGAGGCACUGAAGGGGCUCCACCACUUGCAUUCUCAGGGGAAGAUCCACAGAGACAUUAAGGGAGCCAACCUUCUCCUCACUCUCCAGGGAGAUGUCAAGUUGGCUGACUUUGGGGUGUCAGGCGAGCUGACGGCGUCUGUGGCCAAGCGGAGGUCUUUCAUUGGGUCUCCGUACUGGAUGGCUCCGGAGGUGGCUGCUGUGGAGCGCAAAGGUGGCUACAACGAGCUGUGUGACGUCUGGGCCCUGGGCAUCACCGCCAUUGAGCUGGGCGAACUGCAGCCCCCUCUAUUCCACCUGCACCCCAUGAGGGCCCUGAUGCUCAUGUCAAAGAGCAGCUUCCAGCCACCCAAGCUGAGAGACAAGACUUGCUGGACCCAGAACUUCCACCAUUUCCUCAAGUUGGCCCUCACCAAGAACCCCAAGAAGAGGCCAACAGCAGAGAAGCUUCUGCAGCACCCAUUCACAACCCAGCCACUCCCUCGGGCCCUCCUCACGCAGCUCUUGGACAAAGCCAAUGACCCCCACCUGGGAACCCCCUCCCCUGAAGACUGUGAGCUGGAGACUUAUGACAUGUUUCCAGACACCAUUCAUUCCCGGGGUCAGCACGGCCCAGCCGAGAGGACCCCCUCAGAGAUCCAGUUUCACCAGGUGAAGUUUGGUGCCCCACGCAGGAAGGAAACGGACCCGCUAAAUGAGCCGUGGGAGGAAGAGUGGACAGUGCUGGGAAAGGAGGAGCUGAGUGGGAGCCUGCUGCAGUCGGUCCAGGAGGCCCUGGAGGAACGGAGCCUGACCAUCCGGCCAGCUUCGGAACUCCAGGAGCUGGACUUCCCAGAUGAUGCCAUGGGAACCGUCAAGCGGGCCCCCUUCGGGCUGCCCCCCUCUGAGCCUCCUGCUGAGGACCCUCGAUUCAGCCCCCCAGGAACUCUGCCCCCACAUCUCCCAGGCCCUGACAGCCCCCCACUUCUGCCCACCACCUGGGCCACCAUGAAGCAGCGGGAGGAUCCUGAGAGAUCGUGCUGUCACGGGCUCCCCCCAACCCCCAAGGUGCACAUGGGCGCCUGCUUCUCCAAGGUCUUCAACGGCUGCCCCCUGCGGAUCCAUGCUGCUGUCACCUGGAUUCACCCUAUUACUCGAGACCAGUUCCUGUUGGUGGGGGCCGAGGAAGGCAUCUACACACUCAACCUGCAUGAGCUGCAUGAGGACACACUGGAGAAGCUGAUUUCACACCGCUGCUCCUGGCUCUACUGCGUGAACAAUGUGCUGCUGUCACUCUCAGGGAAAUCCACGCACAUCUGGGCCCAUGACCUCCCAGGCCUGUUUGAGCAGCGGAGACUGCAGCAACAGGUUCCUCUCUCCAUCCCCACCAACCGCCUCACCCAGCGCAUCAUCCCCAGGCGCUUUGCCCUUUCCACCAAGAUCCCCGACACCAAAGGCUGCCUGCAGUGUCGUGUGGUGCGGAACCCUUACACGGGCAGCACCUUCCUGCUGGCUGCCCUGCCCACCAGCCUGCUCCUGCUACAGUGGUACGAGCCGCUGCAGAAGUUCCUGCUGCUGAAGAACUUCUCCAGCCCCCUGCCCAGCCUGGCUGGGAUGCUGGAGCCGCUGGUGCUGGAUGGAAAGGAGCUGCCGCAGGUGUGUGUGGGGGCCGAGGGGCCCGAGGGGCCUGGCUGCCGAGUCCUGUUCCAUAUCUUGCCCCUGGAGGCUGGCCUGACCCCUGACAUCCUCAUCCCACCUGAGGGCAUCCCGGGCUCGGCCCAGCAGGUGAUCCAGGUGGACAGGGACACAGUCUUGGUCAGCUUUGAACGCUGCGUGAGGAUUGUCAACCUGCAGGGUGAGCCCACGGCCACGCUGGCACCUGAGCUGACCUUUGAUUUCCCCAUUGAGACUGUGGUGUGUCUGCAGGACAGCGUGCUGGCCUUCUGGAGCCAUGGGAUGCAGGGCCGUAGCCUGGACACCAACGAGGUGACCCAGGAGAUCACAGACGAGACAAGGAUCUUCCGAGUACUUGGGGCCCACAGAGACAUCAUACUGGAGAGCAUUCCCACGGAGAACCCGGGGGCGCACAGCAACCUCUACAUUCUCACGGGCCAUCAGAGCAGUUACUGAGCACUGGGCCUGGCCAGUGGCAGCCCCCACCCGCCUGCAUGCCUUAGCAGAAGGGGCCCUUCCAGAUCAGAGGGGACCAGGCUCCAGUUCUGCUGGGCAGAAGGGCAGAAAUGAUCCUGAGAAGUGUUUUGGGGCUGGGGAGGGGAGGGGAGCCCACCCCCACCUCUGCAAUAACUGGACCACAGGAAGCUGCUGUCACCUCCCCCUCCCCUGGGGACAGCACAGUCCCUAGUGCCCCGUGGCAGGGGGCCCUGGGCAGGAUGUGGGUGGCCACAGCUGAUCCAUUCCAUUUUGUUCCAUGUUUUUUUCCACCCGUUCUGCCAGGAGCCCACCCCU